AUGAUUGAUAGAAACACUACUGGAAGUGAAGAUAUCGUCAAUGGUAAUCAAAAGUUAAUUCUGGGAUUAAUAUGGCAUCUAAUUUUACGAUACCAGAUAGGAAAGACCAAAUUUCCACCCAAGAAGUUGAUGUUAGCUUGGUUACAAGCUGUUAUACCAGAUUGUAAUAUCAGUAAUUUUACGUCAGAUUGGAAUGAUGGUGUUGCUUUACAUGCUUUAUUGGAAUAUUGUAAACCAGGAUUAUGCCCUAACUGGAAACAACUUAGUAGACAAAAUAGGUUAGAGAAUUGUUCCAAUGCUAUGCAUGUGGCUAAAAAUGAGUUUAAUAUUCCUAUUAUUGUACGCCCAGAAGAUUUCUCCAGUCCCCAUUUAGAUGAUCUAUCUGGUAUGACGUAUUUAUCCUAUUAUAUGACUGUAGAUUCUCCUGGUUAUCAUGCUACAUUAAGAGAUGUUAGAUCUUUAUUAAAACAUGGAUCUAUUAACAACUUUACGACUGAUUGGCAUGAUGGUAAAUUAUUAUGUAAUAUAACUAAAUCACUAGGGGUUGAACCUCAAGGCUGGCCAAAUAUGACAUCAAAUAAUGUGGAAAACUUACAAGCAGGUAUGGAUAGCGCCAAGAAAUUAGGAAUUGAACCAAUUCUAUCAGCUAAGGAAAUGUCUGAUCCUGAUGUAGAACAUCUUGGUAUUAUGGCUUAUGCUGCUUAUUUUACACGUCUAACGCCUAGGAAAGUAGUAGCUGAGAAAGCUAGUGUUAAUGGUGAUUUUUCAAAUGUUCAAGUUGGACAAGAGAAAUCAUUCCGAGUGUCUGUAGACUCUGAUGUGUUACCACAUGAUGUUAGAGCAGAGAUCAUUGGUCCUGAUUCUAUUGUACCAGUUAGGAUGAAUUGGAGUGGUAAAACAGCCAAUUGUACCUUUACUCCAACUGAAACUGGUAAUCAUAAGUUAAAUGUAUACUGUGAAGGUCAAGUUAUAUCAGAAUGUCCUAUUAAUUUCAAAGUAACAUCAGAUAGAUCUAGAGUAUCAUGUAGACCAAUAGAAAGAUGUCCCAUGGGUGUUGUCACAGAUAUGAAAGUUGAUACAUCUGCUGCUGGCCGUGGUAAUGUUCAGAUUGAAGCUAGGUCACCUAGUGGAAGGGUACAUAACCUACCAGUAUCUGAUAAUGGUGGAAUUCAUAAUGGUAACUUUAACCCUACUGAAGUUGGGGAAUGGCAGAUGAAUGUAACAUAUGAUGGACAACAUGUAGGAGGAAGUCCCUAUACUGUUAAGGUUUUUGAUCCUAAUGCAGUAGAUGUUUAUGGAUUAGAUGGUGGUGCUGUUGGAAAAGCUUUAGCUUUUAAUGUUGAUUCAUCAAGAGCAGGAGAUGGUGAUUUAGAUGUUACUGUUAAUUAUCAGGGACAGAAUAUACCAUGUUAUACUACCCAGGAGUCCAAUGGACAUCAUAAGAUUAACUUUACACCACAAGGAGCUGGUUCCUAUAAAGUUAAUGUUAGAUUUGCUGGUGAAGAAGUACCAAAAUCCCCAUUCACACUAGAGAUAGUAGAUUCUAGUAUGGUAUCAGUGACAGGUGAUGGUCUAAGUCUCGUUCCUGUAAAUCGUCCAGCCACGUUUAAUGUACAGACACAGGGAGCUGGCGGGGGCAAUAUCAACGUUGAUGUGGUUUUUUUUAUACUUACUCUAAAUAAAGAGAAAUAUUUUGAGAUUUGUACUUGUGAUUUGAAUUUAGCGCCAAAUGGAAAGAAAAUAAGUAAAAAGAUUAUAAAAGAAAAUGAAGAGAAUUACAGAAUUGAGUAUUAUCCAGAGGAAGCUGGAGAUUAUAAAAUAACAGUAUAUUUUUAUGAUCAACCUUUACGUGGUUCACCAUUUACCUGUAAAGUCUAUGAUCUUGGUAAACUUACAGUUCGUAAUAUGCCAAAAACAGUAUUAGCUGGAAAUCUAGUAUUAUUUGAUAUUGAUGCAUCCCUGGCUGGUUCAGGAAAUAUUGAAAUACGGGUAAAUGAAGGACGGGUAGCUUGUAGUGUUGAAAAUAAAGGUGGCCAUCAGUUUGUAGCAUCAUUCUUACCUGAGGCACCUAUUACACAUUAUGUUGAGAUGACGUUUAAUAAUGCUCCUGUUGAUGGGAGCGCCUGGAAGGUCUAUGUGAUGGACCCUCAACAAAUUACAGCAUCAGGUAGUGGUCUAGAAUUGAUACCUAUCAAUCAUAGAGCCCAUUUUAAAAUUCAUAGUGAUGGCAGUCCUUUAGAUGAUGUUAAAAUUAUAGUCAAAGCACCAAAUGAUGAAACUAUUACCUCUAAUAUAACACUUAUUGGAGAUGAUAUAAGAGUGGAAUAUACACCAACAGAAGUCGGUGAUCAUGAAAUCAGAGUAAUAUGUGGUGAAAGUCAAGUUAAUGGUAGUCCAUUUAUAGCCAAGGCUUAUGAUACUUCAGCUAUUGUUGUUGAUCCACCAGAUGAUGGCUAUGUUAAUAAACCUAUAUAUUUUAGCAUUGAUGUUCAGGACGCUGGAGAAGGACAGCUACAGAUUAUGGUUAAUAAUGGUAAUCUACCUAAUGAGGUGGAGGUACAAGAUGAUGGAAUUUAUAGUAUAUCAUUUAUACCAGUAGAAUCAGGUCCACAAACUAUUGAUAUUAGUUUUAAUGAAGAACAUCUUCCAGGCACCCCAUUGACUUGUAAUGCUCGAGAUCUGAGUUUAGCCAUGGUGAAUAUAAACCCUGUAGAAAUUGUUAACAGACAAACUGAGUUUGUUAUACAGACUAAAGGCAAUGAACAGUUUAACUGUGCAGCUCAAGUAUUCUCACCAAUGGGUCAGAAAGUUCCUGUACAAAUAACAGGAAAUUCAGCUAGUGGUUUUAGAGUAGAGUACACACCUAGAGAUAUUGGUACCUAUACAGUUACAGCAAGUUUAGCUGGUAUACCUAUUAAAGGUAGUCCAUUCCGAGUCAAAUCAUUUGAUCCUACUCAAGUUAAAGUAUCUAAGAUGCCUCAAGGAAUAGUUGGUAUACCAUGUAAAUUUAUAGUUGAUGCUUCAUCAGCUGGUGAAGGAACUCUAGAGUUAACUGUUGGUGCUCAUGGACGUAAUAUACCCAAUCAGGCUAGAUCAUUAGGUGGUGGAAGGUAUGAGGUAUCAUUUGUUGGUAGACAAGCUGUCAAACAUCAGGCUAAUAUUACUUAUAAUGGUAUACCUGUACCUGGUUGUCCAUUUGAAAUAGAUUUUCUAGAUGCUAGUAGAAUAACAGCUGAUGGAGAAGGUUUAAGUCUUGUGUCCUGUCACAGAUCAGCUAAUUUUACUGUUCAUGCUCCUGGUGCUGCUAUGCCUGAUUUAUCUGUUAGGGUAAUGUCUCCUGAUGGACGAGAAACACCUGCUAGAAUACGCCAAAAAAAUGAUGAUACUUUUAGUGUUGAGUGGACACCUCACAUGAUAGGAGAUCACCGUGUGGUAGUAGAAUAUGCUGAAAUGUCUAUUAAUGGUAGUCCAUAUAUAGUUAAAGCUUUUGACGCUAGUAUGGUUAAAGUAUCACAUAUUGGUCAAGGUUAUUUAGGAAGACCUGUACCAUUUACAUUGGAUGCUAGUGAAGCAGGUGAUGGAAAUCUAGAAAUACAAGUUACAGCUGAUCAUGAUAGUGUACCUAAUUAUGUCAGACAAGAUGGCGAUAUGUCAUUUAAAGUUUCUUUCACACCACAAAAAGCUAGAACUCAUCAUGUUAAUAUUAGAUUUAAUGGAGAACCUGUCCCAGGAAGUCCAUUCCAAUGCCGUAUAUUAGAUAGUGAUAGAGUUAUAGUAUCUAAUGAUUCAGUUAAACAAAUACCAUCAGGUGUACUAGCUAGUUUUAAAGUUGAUCCUCAAGAUGCUGGUGAAGGUGACUUAGAGGUCAAAGUAAUCUCACCAACAGGACAUGAAAUACCAGCUCGUAUAUCAGGCUCAUCUCAUUCCAACUAUAAAGUAGAUUAUACACCACAAGAAAUAGGACGGUACAAGGUGUAUGUAGAAUAUGGUGGUGUGGAAGUGAAAGGAAGUCCCUUUAUAUCCAAUGUUUAUGAUCCAUCAUUAGUUAAAGUAGAAUAUCCUAAUAGAGCUUAUUUAGGAAGACCUAUCUAUUUCCAUGUUGAUGCAUCAGCAGCAGGUCAAGGAGAAUUGGCAGCAGAAAUCAAAUCUCAUGGUCAGUUGGUUCCUAGUCAGUUCCGUGAAGUAGGUGUAGGACGAUAUGAACUGAGUUUUACACCCAAAGAUAUGUCAACUCAUAAUGUUACAGCUUUAUUUAACAACUAUCCUAUACCAGGUUCACCAUUCCAUGUUGAUGUUAUUGAUACUAGUAGUGUUACUAUGAGUGGACAAGGUUUAAGAUCAGCUCAAGUUUAUCGUGAAACCUGGUUUAAUCUAGAUUUACAUGGAAUGGAUGAUACAGAUCUAGAUGUACAGAUUGUCAGUCCAUCUGGUCAUGAACUACCAUGUAAAUUAAGCCGUAAAGGUCACAUUUGUCGAGCAGAAUUUACUCCUAUGGAAGUUGGAUCUCAUUUUAUCGAUGUUUUCUUUGCUGGAAAUAAACUUCAUGGUAGUCCAUUUAUAAGCCAUGCAUUUGAUCCUAGUUUAGUUCGUAUUACUGAUGUAGAUAGAACUGGGAAGAAAGAGAGAGAAAUAGGCUUUACUGUUGAUGCAUCAAUGGCUGGUGUAGGUGAAUUAGAAGCUGUAGUAACACACAAUGGACAUAAAGUACAGACCUAUAGAGAAUCUAUAGAUGAAGGAAGAUAUAGAUAUACAUUUAAUCCUGGUGAAUCAGGCCAUUAUGAAGUUAAUGCUACAUUUAAUGAAGAACCAAUUCCAGGUUGUCCUGUUGUUAUCAAUGUAGAAGAUGAGAUACCAACUUUUAUUACCAUCAGUUUCAGAAGUGUUGAAGCUUUGAAUGUGAAUGAAAAAAAUCACCAUUUUAUGUUACAUAUGAAUGGAAAACAGAUUGAUAUGAAUCUACUUAAUAUUGCAAUACAAGCACCAUCAGGAGAACAAGUUCCAGCUCAUCUUGUAACUCAACCUAAUGGUGAUUAUAAAGUAGAAUGGACACCUAAUGUAGCAGGAAGACAUAUGGUAGAUGUAUCAUUUGCUGGACAACAGAUUCAAGGCAGUCCAUUCUAUAUUGAAGUAUUUGAUAUAGCUAGAGUUAGAGUUGAUAAUUUUUAUAAUGGUAAUGUUAAUGAACCAGCAGGCUUUACAGUUGAUGGUACAAGAGCAGGUAAAGCUGAGCAGACUUUGAUGAUAACCAGUCCAUCUGGUCGUACUGUACCAUUUGAAAUUGUUGAGGGCAGAGCUGGAGAACAUAACGUGACUUAUAGACCAGUAGAAGUUGGUAAACAUAAAAUACAAGUAGCCUAUGGUGGACUAGAUGUUAAUGAUACAAAGCAAGAUUCUACAUACAUGGAUAACCUGUUCAUACAAAACAAGAUUCCACAUACAUGGAUGACCUGUUCAUUAGAUAAAAAACAAGGUUCCACAUACAUGGAUAACCUGUUCAUACAAAACAAGAUUCCACAUACAUGGAUGACCUGUUCAUUAGAUAAAAAACAAGGUUCCACAUACAUGGAUAACCUGUUCAUACAAAACAAGAUUCCACAUACAUGGAUGACCUGUUCAUUAGAUAAAAAACAUGAUUCCACAUACAUGGACGACCGGGUGUCAAAUGGCAACAAAACUAGUCCUGGAACAAUCGCAUUGUAG